CGGAGUGUCUCAGAGGCUGCGCUCCAUUCACAGCCUGAGGACUUACAGCCUCCUCCGCUGCCUUUCUGUGCCAACAACCCCCCAAAAGUUGGGAUGCUUUUCUUUACCCAGUGCUUUGGGGCUGUGUUGGAUCUCAUUCACCUCCGGUUUCAGCACUACAAGGCUAAACGGGUUUUCUCCGCCGCUGGGCAACUUGUCUGUGUGGUGAACCCCACACACACCCUAAAGUAUGUGUCCAGUAGACGGGCCAUCACCCAGAGCUCUGCAGAGCAAGUCAGCUUCCACCAGCACCAUAUCCCCCACCACCAUCGCCAUCACUGCCACCACAACCACCUGUGCCACCAUGCCCAUCCCCACCACCUCCACCACCAGGAGGCAGGGCUGCACAGUACUCAGGUGACCCCCUGCAUGUGCCCGCUCUUCUCCUGCCCAUGGGAAGGCCACUUGGAGGUGGUGGUGCCUCACCUGCGGCAGAUCCACAGGGUUGACAUCCUUCAAGGGGCAGAGAUAGUCUUCCUGGCCACGGACAUGCACCUCCCUGCACCAGCCGACUGGAUCAUCAUACACUCCUGCCUUGGCCACCACUUCCUACUUGUGCUCAGGAAGCAGGAACGGCAUGAAGGGCAUCCCCAGUUCUUUGCCACUAUGAUGCUGAUUGGGACCCCCACUCAAGCCGACUGCUUCACCUACCGCCUGGAGCUCAACAGAAACCACCGGCGUCUCAAAUGGGAGGCCACCCCAAGGUCUGUCCUGGAGUGUGUGGACUCAGUCAUUACUGACGGGGACUGCCUCGUCCUCAACACCUCGCUGGCCCAACUCUUCUCUGACAAUGGCAGCCUUGCCAUAGGAAUUGCUAUCACUGCAACGGAGGUCCACUCCACAGAUGCAGAGAUGUGAGACCAGGAGCCACUGGACGCUCUCUCAUAGCCACCAGGAAAAUUGACCUGUGCACCUGGGACCUCCAGAUAUCAGGACCAGAUUCCUUUUUAUUUUA